UGCAGAGUCCAGUCAAUCAACAACCACAGACAGAGAAGGACGUCAACACACAGUAAAACAGUUGUCUGCAGAAAACCAGUUUUAUAAGAUUAACAAGACGUUUUCCUGAGAUUUUAAGAAGCAAACUUUUAGUUUUGUCCUUAUAUUCUCAAAAUCUAGUAUUAAUGAGGACUGGAGUUCAUACACUGCCAGGCUAACGCCCAACAUAUAUAAUGGGGAAUGGAUUAGUGAAACCCAAACAGCUGAAGCAGCCUGACGGGACCCUGGUAACCCUCUCCAUUAACAGCAACGGAAACAAGCUGUUCCAGGAAGGUACUGACGACAUUCUCAAAACCAAAGUUGCAGACCUGGAAAAGGAAAGCAAAAGAAAAGAUGAAGAGAUGCGGGACAAGGAUUACAAAAUCAAAGGACUGACGGAACACCUUUCCAAGCAGACCACAACCAUUUCUGAGCUUACAGAAGAGCUGCAGAACAAGUGCAUUCAGCUGAACAAGCUCCAGGAUGUGAUCAAAACUCAAGGUGGAAAUAGCCUUUACCCCUCACCACUGAAAGCCAGGAUCAACCAGCAGGUCAGUUGUUUGUUUAAAGAAACCCUGAACAGAAGAAAGGGAGCCAAAGAAGGGGUCUCGGCAGAGCCCACAUCGAGGACGUACGGCUCCAGCAAGCUGCCCAAGUUUUCCUUUGAAAAGGUUAGAGUUCGUAAGGAUUCAAGUGUGAAAAAGCACAUCACUGAGGCUCUCAAUAAGAACCAGUUUCUGAAGAGACUGGAGGUGCAGCAGAUCAAAGACAUGGUGGAGUGCAUGUACGAGAGGAACUACCACCAGGGAGAUUAUGUCAUCAAGCAGGGGGAGCCCGGCAAUCAUCUGUUUGUUGUUGCAGAGGGCAAACUGGAUGUCUUUCAACAGAGCAAGUUUUUAACAACAAUGUCGGUGUGGACAGCAUUCGGUGAAUUAGCGAUUUUAUAUAACUGCACAAGGACGGCAUCUGUCAGAGCUGUCAGCCAUGUCAAGACGUGGGCCCUGGACCGGGAGGUGUUCCAGAACAUCAUGAGGAGGACGGCACAAGCCAGGCAUGAGCAGUACAGGAACUUCCUGCGAAGUGUUUCAUUGUUCACCAACCUACCCGAAGACAAACUUAGCAAGAUUGUUGACUGCUUGGAAGUAGAAUAUUAUGACAAAGGGGAUUACAUCAUAAGGGAAGGAGAGGAAGGAAGCACUUUCUACAUUAUUACCAAAGGAAAGGUUAAUGUGACCCAGAGUACAGACGGCCAUGCUGAACCUCAGAUGAUAAAGACUUUGCAAAGAGGGGAUUACUUUGGUGAAAAAGCCCUGAUCAGUGAUGAUUUCAGGUCAGCAAACAUAACAGCUGAUGAAAACGAUGUGGAGUGCCUGGUUAUAGACCGAGAGACAUUUAAUCAGACUGUUGGGACAUUUGAUGAACUCCAAACAUAUCUUCAAGGAUAUGUGGAAAAUCUGACUAGAGAUGAUGAGAAAAGACAUGCCAAGAGCUCAACCUGUGCUCGAUGGACCCCGGAUAUUUCACUGGAGAUGAUUCAGUUAAAGGAGAAGGUUUCCGGCUUUUCAUCAACGUCUCCUUUCCAAAACCUGGAGGUUAUUGCCACACUCGGAGUAGGUGGCUUUGGGAGGGUGGAAUUGGUGAAAGUUAAGAAUGAAGAGGUCACAUUUGCCAUGAAAUGCAUCAAGAAAAAACACAUUGUUGACAACAGACAAGAAGAGCACAUCCAUUCAGAGAGAAUGAUUCUGCAAGAGGCUUUUUGUCCAUUUAUUGUAAAGUUGUAUCGUACUUUUAAAGACAAUAAAUAUGUUUACAUGUUGCUGGAAGCCUGUCUUGGAGGGGAAAUCUGGAGCAUGUUAAGGGAUAGGGGGAGUUUUGAUGAAUCUACAGCAAAGCUUUGUGUUGGUUGUGUAACGGAAGCUUUUGAAUACCUGCACCAGAAUGGGAUCAUCUACAGAGACCUGAAGCCAGAGAAUCUAAUGGUGGACUCAGAGGGAUACGUUAAACUGGUGGAUUUUGGCUUUGCUAAGAAGAUUGGGUCUGGCCAAAAAACAUGGACAUUCUGUGGAACCCCUGAAUAUGUAGCUCCUGAGAUCAUUCUUAACAAAGGGCAUGAUUUCAGUGUUGAUUUCUGGUCACUGGGAAUCCUGGUGUUUGAACUCCUAACUGGCAGCCCACCAUUUUCUGGGGCUGAUCAGAUGAUGACCUACAACCUUAUACUGAAAGGCAUAGAGAAAAUGGAUUUCCCAAAGAAAAUAACAAGACGGCCUGAGGACCUGAUUCGUAAGCUGUGUCGACAAAAUCCAACUGAGCGUCUGGGAAACCUGAAGAAUGGAAUAACCGACAUUAAGAAGCACCGGUGGUUCAAUGGAUUUAACUGGGAGGGACUGAAAGCUCGAAAUAUAAUAUCCCCACUGAAAAGAGAACUGAAAGGGCCUAAUGACCACGGUUACUUUGAUUACUACCCCCCUGACGAGGACACCCCCCCGGACGAGCUGUCAGGCUGGGAUCACGAUUUCUGAGAGCUUCUACUGCUCAUUUAUCAGGGGAACAGAGCCCUAAUGAUAUUCAUUGUCGUCAUCAUCGGUUCAUUUUGUACAGUGCAAUUCAGGAAACAACGCUGUACAAUGAACGAAAGGGAUUUACAAAAUCUGAGACGGACAAAGAAUUAUACAUAUUCAGAGAAUGAUUAUGAAAGAAUAUAGAUUGGAAAGCAUGAAGCGUAUUCCACCAAUGGGGUGCAUAAACACUAAGCCAGUGAUUAAUGGAAAAAUAACCAACAUUUGUAAUUCCGUUCUACACAUUUUUGUAACGCCUUUGAAAUGCUUAUUUUUACUAUGGGUCUGUUCUAUUGAUCUAAUCAGCAACAUAUCCAAGUCCUCUAAAUAGAAACCCUUUUCUACCAGUGUCUAACAGUGAGUGUGAAUCUCUGAAGUGUAUUCCAGUAUUCCAGGGCUCUAUUUUAAAUAUUUAAACCGCUGCAGUUCAGAUUAACUGAUCUGUAAGAGCCAUGCCUUUACCACGCCUCGUCAUUCCUCUUUGAAAGGAAUAGGAUUUCAAGAUAUAAAGCUUGAAGUCGAGGUGAAGAAGUUGUUGGUUGGGGGUUGUCAGAUUCUGAAGUGAUCAUUUAUCAUUCAGUCUGUGACUGCACCUGCCCCCCUGCAUUAUUCCAUUCCAGCAUUAUCUCUUGACACUCUAGCUGCCUGUAAGCCAUUGGGGCCAGCUUGUAUUUAUCCAUUGGGAUUUAUUCAUGAAAAUGUUUUCGUAAAUGGCAGGUAUUAUAUGCAUACAUUGCUGGUACUGUAUAUAGGUGACAUUGCUCCUUCAGUACUGCUGCAUGUACAUUACUUUCUAAUGUAAUGUGAUACUCUUGCCCUUUAUUUCACAGUAAAAGUUGUAGUGUACACAUCAAACGAUAAUGAAGUAUGUACUGCUGUGAGUGUGUGUGUGCACUGAUGUGGCUACCAGAAUUAAGGUAUGCUGGCCUUUUUGUUUAAAUCAUUUCCUCAAGUAAAUUCUUAUUAUGACCAUUUCUUCUUGCUUCUAAUAUUGUAGAAUUUGUCUUUGUAAAACAGAUUAUGCCACUAAGCCAAGUUAGUAUGUUAAUAUAAUGCCAGUUUUAUAUUAAUAUUUUUUGGCAGUUGUUUCUUGGGUUCUUAAGAUUUGUUCCAGAUUUCACUUUUGUGUCUUUUAAUUUGAAGUCUUAUUUUAAUGUUAGUUGUUGCUGUUUGAUACAAAGCUUAAUCUGUUUGAUAGAUUUGCCCAAUUCGUUUUUGACUUUUUGAUUGAUGUGUUAUGGUAUAAGGGCUGUUUUAUAAUGACAUUUUCUAUACUAUUGUAAAGGCACAGGCACAGAAAACUGGGAAUGUGUUUUGUAUAUGUCAGUUGUUUUAAAAAAAAAAAAAAAUGUAAAUUGUAUUCUUUGUGAUUUGUCUUAGUAAUCAAACAGAUAUAGAUUGCAAAAAACAACAUAUUAUUCUAGAAGCCUACACAUUUUUGUCGCUAAUAUCUCAAACUAUUUAUUGCCAUAUUGGGACAAGAAUAUUUGUUACA